CGAGGUGGAGGCGGGGCCGCUGGCCCGGGCGCUGAGUGUCGCCGCGCCUGUGCGGGCCCUCGGGGCUGCGCGAGCCGGUCUAGGGCGCCGAGCCGUGCCUCCCCGCAGCACCCGGGGGCCGUGACGAUGCUGUCAUUCUCUGCUUUUUAAGGAGAUGCCUACAUAGAAGAGUGGCAGCAGCUGGACUAGAUGUUUCACUGCUGAACUGGUCCCUCAGGUAUCCUGGCUCUGGUGAUUGCUAUGGGAGAUUGGAUGACUGUUACAGAUUCAGGUCUGUCUUCAGAAAACAAAAAUAUCUCUCAAUAUACCUCAGAAACAAAGAUGUCUCCAUCAAGUUUAUACUCACAGCAAGUGCUAUGUUCUUCAAUACCUUUAUCAAAAAAUGUGCACAGCUUUUUUAGUGCCUUCUGCACAGAAGAGAAUAUUGAACAAAGUAUUGCAUAUCUUGAUCAGGAAUUGACUACUUUCGGUUUUCCUUCAUUAUAUGAAGAAUCCAAAGGUAAAGAGACAAAGAGAGAAUUAAAUAUAGUUGCUGUUUUAAAUUGUAUGAAUGAGCUACUCGUACUUCAGCGGAAGAACCUUCUAGCUCAGGAAAACGUGGAAACACAGAACCUGAAACUGGGAAGCGAUAUGGACCACCUGCAGAACUGCUAUGCGAAACUUAAGGAGCAGCUGGAAAACUCCAGGAGGGAAAUGAUUGGGCUUCAGGAAAGAGACAGACAGUUACAAUGCAAGAACAGGAAUUUGCAUCAGCUGCUGAAAAAUGAGAAGGAUGAGGUGCAAAAAUUACAAAACAUCAUUGCAAGUCGAGCUACUCAGUAUAAUCAUGAUAUGAAGAGAAAGGAGCGAGAAUAUAAUAAACUAAAGGAACGUCUACAUCAACUUGUUAUGAACAAGAAGGAUAAAAAAAUAGCUAUGGAAGUUUUAAAUUAUGUGGGGAGAGCUGAUGGAAAAAGAGGCUCCUGGAGGACUGGUAAAACUGAAGCCAGUUUCUUUCUCAGGAAUGAAGAUGAAAUGUAUAAAAUUCUCUUGAAUGAUUAUGAAUAUCGUCAGAAACAAAUCCUAAUGGAAAAUGCUGAACUUAAGAAGGUUCUUCAGCAAAUGAAAAAGGAAAUGAUUUCUCUUCUUUCUCCCCAAAAGCAGAAACCUAGAGAAAGAGCAGAUGACAGUACAGGAACUGUUAUCUCUGAUGUGGAAGAAGAUGCUGGGGAACUGAGUAGAGAGAGUAUGUGGGACCUUUCCUGUGAAACUGUGAGAGAGCAGCUUACAAACAGCAUCAGAAAACAGUGGAGAAUUUUGAAAAGUCAUGUAGAAAAACUUGAUAACCAAGUUUCAAAGGUGCACCUAGAAGGUUUCAGUGAUGAAGACAUGAUCUCACGACAAGACCAUGAGCAAGAAACUGAGAAACUUGAGCUAGAAAUUCAGCACUGUAAAGAGAUGAUUAAAACUCAGCAGCAGCUUUUACAGCAGCAGCUCGCCACCGCAUGUGACGAUGAUACCACUUCCUUGCUACGAGACUGUUAUUUGCUGGAAGAGAAGGAACGCCUCAAAGAAGAGUGGUCUCUAUUCAAAGAGCAAAAAAAGAAUUUUGAGAAAGAAAGACGGAGCUUUACAGAAGCAGCUAUUCGCCUGGGGUUGGAGAGAAAGGCGUUUGAAGAGGAAAGAGCCAGCUGGUUAAAGCAGCAGUUUUUAAAUAUGACUACCUUUGACCACCAGAACUCAGAAAAUGUGAAACUUUUCAGUGCCUUCUCAGGAAGUUCUGAUCGGGACAAUCCUACAGCGCACUCGAGGCCACGACAGAAGAAGCCUCACAGUGUGUCUGACGGGUCUCCAGUUUGCACGUCUAAGCUCGCUAGGUCUCUUCCUGCUUCUCCUUCCACUUCAGACUUCUGCCAGACACGGUCCUGUGUGUCUGAACACAGCGGUUCAGUCAGUGCACUGAAUGUCACCCCUGAAGAAAGUAGACCAAGUCAGGCGGGAAGAGAAUGUGCAGAUCAGAAGUGGAGCGUGGCGUCAAGACCUGGGUCACAGGAAGGCUGCCGUAGUGGCUGCUCCUUGACCUACACAAAUUCGCACGUAGAGAAGGAUGACUUACCUUAGACACGUGAACUGGAAUUUUUUUUCAUUAACAUGUUCAUCAAAUUUCACAUCUGAGUUGAAGCAGGGCGUGUCAUAAAGUCAAUCAUCUCUAAUAACUUAAGACGGUCUGUGUUGUUUGUUUGGACUUCCCUGUUCCUCCCCCAAAGAGCUAAAAUGUUAAAUCUAUUUAAAAGGAUAUAAAAGCUUUGGAGAUGUAUUUUUAGUAACAGAAGCAUCUGGUUCUGUGAAUAAAGGAAUGUAUAGAUGUUUGAACGGAAACAAAAGCACUAGAAUGAGUUUCCUCUUAUAGGUAUAAAAAAAUAGCACUUUUAGGAAACUGAUUAUUGUAAAUGUUUAAUUUUGUCUCAUAUAUAGUUGGCAUUGGAAGUUUAGCCUUUACUUGAAUGUAUACUGUAGAUUUUUAACAAAGCAAGUUCUAUAUUUAUUAUGUUUAGUGUGAUUUGAAAGUCCCUCUUUCAUAUGUUUUAAAUAAAGUGAAAUUUAUGUAUGUUUUGUACAUAGAUAUACAUGAUUAUGUUAAGAGGCUUUAAGAUUUAAAGGUUUUACACAUCCAUAAUUAUAGUAUUUCAUGCCAAUAAAAUUUUUAUUAGUGAUAUUCUGUUUACAGAUGUAUUAGAGCCAUCACCACAUUAUGUUUAAGAAUUUUUUGAACCCAUCUGAGCAAUAAAUACUCAAAAGCUAUUCCAUGAAGCCAAGUUAUUUAGAUAAUUAACAUCACUAACAUGACAGUUUUGAGAUUUGAAUAGCAUGAGAUUUUUAAAAAAUAUAUAAGAUACUGUAAUUUUUCAAAAGACUGAUGAUUUUAGGGUAAUAGGGUAAAGACAACAAAAAUACCUUUGGAUAAAAAAUUUAAGAAUAUUGGCUUAAGAUAUUUGGAUGAUAGACGAUAUUAAGAUACUUAAGACGUGUGGAUGGUGAGAUUCUCCUUACCAGAUGGGUACCCAUACCAUAACACCUGCACCAGCAAAGGCUUUAUGUAUAGCUGUCAAUAAUUUUUAAUAAUUUUGCUGAUAAGGAAAUCUGACAGUAUAAAAGUAUCAGAGUCCAUGAUCCAGAUACUGCGAUACUCUGGACAGACUCGUGUCAUUUCACUGUCAGAGCUGAGUGCGUGUCUCUUCACGGGUGUUGCUGAUAGAACGCUAAGUGCAGGCCUGGGUGCUCUCCUGGGGUCUUCACUGGAAAGCUCUAAGAACCCGGCCCCGUUUGUCCCUGCAGGAGAGCCCACGGACCCCAUCCUCACUGUACGUGUUGUAGUUUGGGCCGGUCUGCCUGCCCAUUUUCUAGAAGUUCAACCAUUGAUAUUCACUCACCCAGUUGUGGCUGUUCUGUUUAAAUCUGUCGUAUUAAACCAAAAAAAAAAAAAAAAAAAAAAAAAAAAAGGACUUCUGUCGUCCCUUCACUGUAUAUGACUCCGUGCAGCUGUGCAGCGGCAGCCACUUUUUCAGGGCAAAUAGCACAUCAUUGAGUAUCUUAUAAGACAUUAGUGACACUGCUCAUCAGAGAGUGCCACCUUUAGAGUCUCAGAAAGCUGGGUGUCGAGCAAACACAAAUCAGUCACUCACCACGUCCAGCAUGAUGCACGGUCACUUUACCGUUUAAAAUAUUAGAAAUGAUAACAGAAUUUCAGAGAAAGUACCAUAUUCUAGGGGAAGAAACAGCUGGGAUAUAAUUCUUUUGCUAAUGACCUAUAACGUGAUCAAAAAAAGUAAUCAAAUUUUCUAAGUGGUUGAUGAUACAUUUGUCAAGAAUUGGGGAGUUUUUUUAGGGGUUUCCAUGAUGUACGUUGCCAGAAACAAGCAUUCUAAUUUUUAAAGUCAUUCUCUUGAGGAAAUAUCUCAUGCUAUGAUGAUGAAUUUCUGCAAAGCAGCAUCUUUUUUUUUUUUCCCCAUUUUAAAGUUGGUUGAAUUCUCACAUUGGAAAGAAACUUUCCUUGAGAUUUACAUAGAAAUCUAAGGUGCGAAAGAAACAGUAAAAUGAAAGCCAGGUUCAUUGUACUUCUGAAGUGUGUGUAGAUCUGCCAGAAGUUGUAUGUUUUACUGUUACGCAGCGUCGAGUUUGCUUAGUUCCAGCUCCAGUGAUGGUUCCUAGUCACGCUAAGCUCCCGGAAUGUUGAAGUGGCUUCCAUGUUGGAUAACUCCUGACUCCACACGUAAAACUCCGAGGAUUUUGCUUCCCUCCCCUUUCCAGGUGUUCGCAGUGCACCAGUAACACGGCUGUGCUGCAGGCUUGCAUUCAGCCGUGAUGAGAUGGGAGCACCACGUUCACUGUAGCUUGAAAGCCUGCCUGAGAAUCUUAGACAUUUUCUUGUUUAUCAGUGUGCAAGCUGGAAAUAUUUUGUGCCUUAUUUGUUUUUACCCAGCAUAUCCAUUUGGAAUUUUCAAAGCAUUACAGUGGCAAAGAAAAUUUAAGAGAAAACUUUUAUUUCCUACUCUUCAAUUUUUGUGUCUUCAAUUUAUGAUGAGAAGCUUAAUAGCAGAUUAAUCCUACCAGAAAAUUAAGAUUUAAAUUUAGCUUAUUUAAUAGGUAUUUUCUUAUAGACGCAAUAUAUUAAAUGUUUAGAUUCACAGAACAGUCCACUGCAAAUUGUUUUCCUCAUGGUAAAAUUAAAAUACUUCAAGUUCCAUUUUUCCUGCCUUUGCUGACCUGACUUGUUCAUAGGCUUGUAAUUGUCUUUGUGGGAAAACGUUCCACGGUGCAUGGUGAGAGGGAGCGUGCCCUGGAAUCCGGUCGUGACCUCGGUGGUGGAGCAUUUGAAAACGCCCAGGAUGCCCGGAGAGCUUUUGCGGUGUGCCGCCUGGAACGCUGCGAGCCAGCAAGCCCCUUCUGUGAUCGCCCUGUUGUAAAAAUUGUCAACGCCUGUUGCCUGAUGUAAAUCAUGCUCUUAUUUCUAGAUUGGAUUUAAAAUCAGUACGGGUCAUGGAAAUGUAGUAAAUAUACUUUUCCCUAUA